CAUUCUUCUUCUUCUUCUUCUUCUUCUUCUAUUUUUUUCUCUCUCAAUCUCAAAAGCAACAAUAAACCCUUUCGAAAUCAACAAUUUCUUGCACCAAUCUCACAGCUAAUAAGAGAUUAUUUUCCUCCACAAAUGCUCCAAAUCGAAAACUCUAAACUCUCAUGGGUUUCAAGAUUCAAAACUUAAUAUUUCUGUUGAUUCUUCUGAUCAUUUCCAUUGCCGAGGCUACACAUGAAAUCCAACCCAAGAACACCAUUGAAGAUCAAUCCGUAGCGCAAUAUCAAGUGUUCUAUCUCAAGAACACCACACCGUUCAUUUUAGACGGCGACGAUCAAGAAGCUGUCGUAGUUGAUAGCAAGAACAAGAACAAGAACAGAAAAAUGACGAUGAGAAAAAGAAAAAUUGAUAAAGAUCAGAUCAAGAAUUUCAAAUCAAGAACAUUCUCUGUUAUGCUUCCUAAGGGUUUUGUUCCGCCUUCUGGUUCGUCUCCUUGCCAUAACGAUAAACCUAAUUUUAGGGUUUCGUUUUACUGCGAUCUAUCUACUACUAUGAAACCCUAAAAUCCAGUUCUUGAAUUUUCUUGCUUCUUAAUUUCUUUCGGAGCUUUCUUGAUUAGUCUCGUUAGGGUUUUUUUUUGUAAUUUCUUUUUUACUUUUUCACUUUGAGAAGCUGCUUGUUUUGAAUGUGAAAAAACGAUUUUGAAUACGUUGUAACAGAUAUAUAAUAGUGAGUGUUGUAUAAUGGCUAAUUAUAAUUGAAUAAUUUCUUCUUGUUGGUUC